AUAAUGGUGUCUACAGUGAGGACUGAGAUCAUUCUCUCAGUUUACAUCAUUUCAUUCCUGAUCGGCCUCCCCUGUAAUCUCUUGGCUCUCUAUGCGUUUAGUACCAAGAUCUGUUCCAAGCUACGUCCAACAGACAUCCUGCUGCUUAAUUUGACCAUCUCCGACCUGCUGUUUUUGGUCAUCCUUCCUUUCAAGAUGCACGAGGCAGCAUCUGGUAUGAAGUGGGAUCUGCCCAACUUCAUGUGCUCCAUCACUUCCUUCACCUUUUUCUCCACAAUCUACACCAGCUCCUUGCUGCUGAUGGCAGUCAGUGUGAUCCGCUACAUAGGAGUAGCAUUUCCUAUCACCUAUCAUCUACUGCAGAAACCUGUGUAUGCAAUUGUUAUCAGUGUUGCUGUUUGGCUCAUCUCAUCAGCACACUGCAGUAUCAUUUUCAUCAUCCAGCAUCACCCAUCUCUGGCCAGUAAUAACUCCAAUGCGUGUUAUGAACAGUUUUCAGAGAAGCAGUUGAAGAUCCUCCUCCCAGUACGUCUGGAGAUUUUCUUUGUACUCUGCCUCAUACCGCUUCUUAUUUGUGUUUACUGCUCCUUGCGCUGCAUCUCAAUUCUGUACAGCCUAUCCGGGAUAUCCCAGAUGCAGAAACAGAAGGCCAUUGGCAUGGCCUCAGGGACUCUUGCUGUGUUCCUUAUUUGUGUUCUGCCAUUCAGUUUAUCUCAUUUAGUGGGUUACAUCCAGGGACUAAGUCCAGAGUGGAGGUACUACAUGUUGCUUCUGAGCUGUUUCAACACCUGUAUCGAUCCCAUCAUCUUCUACUCUUCCUCGUCCACCUUUCGCUUCUCAAGUGAAACAUUCAUUUUUAGGAAGUGGUUCACUUUUUUAGGACUGAAAAGGAACAACAGCACCACUAACUAAGAAAUGGAAAAAUACAUUUUCAAAACUAAAUGUACCAUUAACAGAUUUAAGUUCACUGCUGAUGAUGAUCUAAUAUUUUUCGAGAGGACUGUAUUUUCCUUUUGAAACCAUUUUUCCUGUUUUCUACAAAA